AAUUUGAACUGCGAAACUUGAACGUGCAACUAAUGAAGUGUGACUCUAUUGACUGGGGUGGUAAGAUGACUAACUUUGUUAGAACUUCUUCGAUAUUCUUCUAGAAACCUCUGGACUGGAAGUGAUGAUUUACUUCAAAUGCAAUGAGGAAAUACAAGAGCCAUGAGAAAAGUUUCAAAGAGACUCCUGGUAAGGAGUCUAGUAGUUGGAAUGAUAGUGCUUGCAAUCUACUUCACCCAUGAGGUAUCCCAGUCGCUUGCAAUUAUUUGCCCAGACGAAAAGGCAAAAAAGAUCCUUAAAGAAUUGUGCCAGCUGUAUGAGAGCAACCACGUAGAUGGCAAUCUCUGCUAUGAUCUGUGUCAGACCGAAUCUAUCCAGUAUGUCUCCUGCUUCAACUACCACCGGGGCAAGGUGGUCUUCCGUGGGUCCUGGAAGGGGGAUCCUGUCAUUCUGAAGUCAAAGUACAGCCAUCUUUCAGACUAUCCACGACCCUUUGCCUCCAUCGUUGACAAAGAGGGCACCAUGAGGACCGUGGUACCCGACAUAGCGCUGUUCACAUCCAUGGUCUAUCACCAGGUUAAAGGGCAGUUUGGUUUUGAGUUGGACAUGACCGAAGAGGACUUGCUCAAACACAUGUGGAAGAGCAAAUAUAGUACUCGCGAAGAUACUCCAGAAGGACUAACCGAUUCAGAAAUCAUUAGCCUGUGGGCGUUGCUGCAGCAAGAGGAAUUUGUCCUCAACAAAUUCUGGAACCAAUUUCGCCAUUAUCCUGAAAUCUACGGCACGUGUGGCCAUUUUUACAUCCUGGAGUACGUGCCUCCGGGGUAUAUCCUCAACCCGAGCGCCAUCAGCAUGCAGCAUCAGCUGGCUUCCCUGCCCUGGUUGAAUCGGGCCAAGGUCGCCAUGGCCAUGGUUGAGUUCAUCGGAGCCGUGGACGAUCAGUUCCCGGAGAAACUGCACCUGUGCGACGUGAAGCACAGUAACUUUGGAGUCACACAGGAUUGGGUGGUCAAGGCCAUCGAUGUGGACAUCACCUUCUUCCAGAAUCAGCUGGACACUACUCUCAACCAGCCAGAGUGCACUUCUGCCCAAGAGUGCCAUUUCUUUGACUGUAAAGGGUCCUGCAAUACAACGUCGGGGAGGUGCAAUAGUCAGCGAUCUAAUACAAAUCUUCAGGCUGUCUGUGCAGAUAUCUUCAGCAGACAUUACGGCACUCCAGGGCUGCUCAGGUUACCUCCAACACAGGUAGCCAGACAGAUAGACUCUGUUCUCCAGGAGUGUCUUCAACAGAAAGGACUGCCAUCAGGUACUAAGAUAUCAGAAACACCUGUCUACCAAAGACUACUGGAGGUGCUCAAGACCAGUUUGCAGUAUGUGGAGAGAUAACAGCAGUUACUUGUGCAAUAAGAUGACAAGAGGUUUUUAUUUUUCUAU